AUGCCCGGCCCUUGGUUGCUGCUCACCCUGGCUUUGACCUUGACCCUGACCGGCGUCCCCGGUGGCCGAGCCCAGCCCGAGGCAGCCCCGGGGGAGGCCACAGAGCGCCGGGGCCUGGACGACCUCCUGCACCUCCUCUUGCUCCCGGAGAACCUCCAGCGGCUGCAAGGCGACCCGAGCCAGCGCCCGGGGUCCCAGAUGCUUGAACCCAACUGGCUCUCCAAGCGCCAGCAUCCAGGAAAAAGGGAAGAAGAGGAGGAGGAGGAGGAGGCAGAAGAGGGAGUCGAGGAAGAGGAAGAACGGGGGGGUGCCGGGGGGCCCCAGAGACGCCAGCACCCCGGCCGACGGGAGGAGGAGGCGUCACCGUUCGUCGAUGGCACCCGGCACAAGCGGCAGCACCCUGGCCGGCGCUCCCCUUGGCCCGGGUACGCCGUCACCAAGAGGCAGCACCCGGGCAGACGGCGGGUGGAUCCGAAGGCCCAGAGGAACUGGGAGGAGGAGGAGGAGGAGGAAGAACUGACGCCGGAGAAACGCCAGCAUCCGGGCAAGAGGAGCCCGGGACGCACCUGUGGACCCCAAGGAGCCUGCGGUCCGGCGAGCGUCCUGCUGGGGCUUCUGGGUGACCUACGCAGGGGACAGGGGACCGAGCAAAAGCGCCAGCACCCCGGGCGACGGGCGGCCUGGGUCCGGGAGCCCCUGGAGGGGUGACCCCCGAUUCCCGUAAAGUUGGGGUCUCAGAAUGGCUUGAGCCCCUUCAUCACCCCCUGCUUUUCCUCCUCCUUAAGUCCGCGGACAAAA